GCAGGACUGCGCGUGGACAUUCUGACACUGGGGAGAACUGACUUGGUGUCACUGACAUUCCCAGUGACACCAAUACAGUGAUCAGUGCUAAAAAAAAAGCACUGACACUGUACUAAUGGCACUGGGUAGAAAGGGGUUAACAUGAGGGGUGAUCAAAGGGCUAACUGUGUGCUAGGAGUGUUUUACUUGGGAGCUGUGUCAGUGUGCUUCACUGUAAGCACACUGCUUUGGAUGGCUGUGCUGUGCACAGCCAUCCAAAGCAUUGUGCCCAAGCUGACAGGUAGGAGAACUGUGAUGCCGGUGAUUGACAGCCAUGGCCGCGACUGGAAAUGCAAAAUC